AUGAGUGACUUCGACGGACCUGGGAGUUAUGUUGUGGUCCCCAGCCAUGUGAGGGACAAGGCACUUGAGUUGGGAGAGGACAGUGGGUUGCUGAUCAGUAAACUAGUUGUGAAUGACAAUCAAAGGUUUUACUUCGCCUCUGUUGGCGACGAGUACCUGAUCAUCAAUGCCCAGAGUGGUACCUAUCUGACAGCCUCCGAUAACGGGGAGCAAAUUGCUGCUAAUACUCUUUCGCCUGAUAAUCAGGAAGCUCGCUGGAACGUUAUACCUGCGGAUGAUGACAGUGGAACGUGGUUUAUUACCAGUGUUGCAUUCCCACACAAGGUGAUCGAUAUCGCCCAGAAAGAUACCGAUGAUGGGACUCCAGCCAUCACCUUCACCAGGAAGCGUGAUGGUACUGAAAAUCAGCAGUUCUUUUUGAGAUCCUUUAGUCGUUCUUAG